AUGAAUCUUCUCCAUGCAAUUCUACCAAACUGUCCUCACGAAAACUGCAAAUCCGAACUCAAAAUCGAAACCUGUAAGGCAUUCUUACCUUCUAACUUACUCGAAAUCAUGGUUCAACGAUUGAAAGAAGCUUCAAUUCCUGUAAGUGAACGAGUUUAUUGUCCGUUUCCUAAGUGUUCUGCGUUAAUGUCUAAAAGUGAGGGUGUAGAGAAUGUUGAUUAUGAAGAACUUAGCGGGGGAGAAAGGUUGUGUGUUGUAUGUUAUAAAGUUUUCUGUGUUAAUUGUAUGGUUCCUUGGCAUGAAAAUAUGAUUUGUUCUGAAUAUAAGAGAAGAAAUCACGAUGUUCUUGCGGAAGUUAAAGCUCUUGCUGAUGUGAAUCUUUGGCGUCAAUGUAGAAGAUGUAAUCAUAUGAUUGAACUUGCUGCUGGUUGUUACCACAUCGUUUGCAGGUGA